CACCCCACGGAUUUACGGAUUGGCUUUACCUGUAACACUAAGCGCGUCAGAACUGUACUGAAUGUUUUCUUUCGACUACUUGGGAUCAUAAUGUUACAGCUUAACGUUUCACUUUACUUUUGGCUUUUUUUAAGUCAUGUGAACCCUUGAAGAAUAACUCAUGAUAUGGAAUCAUUUUUAAGCUUUGUCGAUUUACUUAUUUAAACUUUUUGUUUAACAUUGGAAUUGGCUCGACUUUUUCCAGUUAGCGCGUUCCGCCCCGACCUCCUGUUGCUUGAGGGCGGCGUCCGUUCCACUCAGGUCCUGAGGAUUUGGCCUGCUGUCUUUCCAAAUUUUUUAAAAGGUACGGAGACGCUAGAGAAAUUUUGCAGAAGCACCCAGUUAUACUCACCGUCAACAUGUCGAUUAUGGGCUUAAAAAAGAAGCAACCAAAGACUUUUAAAGUCAAAGUUGUAACUAUGGAUGCUGAAAUGGAGUUCAACUGUGAGGUGAAAUGGAAAGGAAAGGAUCUCUUUGAUUUAGUUUGUCGAACCAUAGGACUAAGGGAAACCUGGUUCUUUAAACUCCGAUAUAUGGUGAAAGAUACUUACUUCUGGCUAAAAAUGGACAAACGGGUUUUGGACCAAGAGCUGCCGAAAGAAGAUCCAAUAACUUUUCACUUUUUGGCUAAGUUCUACCCUGAGAAAGUAGAGGAAGAGCUUGUACAGGAGAUCACCCAACACCUUUUUUUCUUGCAGGUUAAAAAGCAAAUACUUGAUGAAGAAAUUUACUGCUCUCCUGAAGCUUCUGUGCUGUUGGCUUCUUAUGCUGUCCAGGCAAAGUAUGGUGAUUAUGACCCAAAUUUUCAUAAGCCAGGCUUUCUAGCAGAAGAUGAGCUUUUACCUCAGAGAGUUUUAAUGCAAUACCAGAUGACAGCUGAAAUGUGGGAAGAGAAGAUAACAGCUUGGUAUGCAGAACACAGGGGCAUUGCCAGGGAUGAAGCUGAAAUGAACUAUUUAAAGAUUGCACAGGAUCUUGAAAUGUAUGGAGUUAAUUACUUUUCAAUUACACAAAAUAAGAGAGACACUGAGCUGUUACUUGGAGUGGAUGCCCAAGGACUCCAUAUUUACAGCCCUAAUAAUAAACUCACCCCAAACAAAUCAUUUCCAUGGAGUGGCAUUAGGAAUAUUUCAUAUAGUGAAAAAGAGUUUACAAUAAAACCAUUGGAGAAGAAAAAAGAAGUUUUCAAAUUCUAUUCAUCACAGCUCAAAGUUAAUAAGCUAAUUUUACAGCUGUGCAUUGGAAACCAUGACCUCUUCAUGAGAAGGCGAAAGGUAGAUUCUAUUGAAGUGCAGCAAAUGAAGGCUCAAGCCAGAGAAGAGAAGGCAAGAAAAAAGAUGGAGAGACAGAUUUUGGCUCGUGAAAAACAAAUGAGAGAAGAAGCAGAAAGAGCUAAGGAGGAAAUGGAGCGACGCUUGUUUCAGCUGCAGGAUGAGGCUCGCUUGGCCAAUGAAGCCCUGAUUCGCUCAGAGGAGACUGCUGACUUGCUUGCAGAAAAGGCGCAGAUUGCUGAGGAGGAAGCCAAACUUCUAGCUCAUAAAGCAGCUGAGGCUGAGCAGGAGAGGCAGAGGCUAGAAGUCACAGCAAUGAAAACAAAAGAGGAGAAGCGGUUGAUGGAGCAGAAGAUGAGGGAGGCAGAGCUUCUGGCAGUCAAACUGGUGGAGGAGUCUGAGAGGAGAACAAAAGAGGCUGACCAUUUAAAGCAAGAUUUGAGUGAAGCGAAGGAUGCAGAACGUCGAGCUAAGCAGAAACUGCUAGAGAUCACCAGAUCAACCUAUCCGCUGGUUUCAGCUUAUACCUGUUCCCCACCACCGACUGAUGGAGGUGAUCUCUGUCUAGAAAGUGGAUCUAUCAAGACAGAUUUCAAAGACUCUGAUAUGAAAAGAUUAUCUAUGGAGAUUGAGCGAGAGAGAUUGGAUUACAUUGAAAAGAGCAAAAAUCUCCAAGAACAGCUGAAAGAACUGAAAUCCGAGAUCGAGUCUCUGAAACUUGAAGAACAGCACUCUGGAAUAUUUUCUUCAAACAGGGACCUCCGAGAUUAUGCUGAAGCAGCAUAUUUCCCAAUCAGCCGAGUCGGGCACUAUGACUCGGAGGUUAUCUACAUUUGAAAGAGCCAGGGGAGGAAUAAAUCACAUUGAGUGGAAUCCUGAAGCACUGACGUCAACAGUCUAUUUGGAGGAUGUUUAGUAGACUGUGCUUUCAGGGGUUUUCAUCAUUUGCUAAUAUUGCUUGUGAAACGUAUCCUGUAAUGAAGAUCUGAGCCUAAGCAUACAGAAGGUUUGACAAGAGUUGACGUAGCCCAUCAGAUUCCAUGGGCAGGUGCUUGUUACUUCUUACAAUCUAACUUAAAGUGCCAGAUCAAUGGUUCUUUCACAAAAUAUCAAGAACAUGCUGCUGUUCGUUUUAUUGCUCUACAUGUCUUUGCUGCUGUGGCAUCUAGCACUAGGUGCUUAUGUAUACUCACUGUAUUGCAAGAACUGGCACAACAAAUACAUCCGUGCUAAAAAAAAAAAAGUUGAUAGCUUUGCUAAAAGGUUGGACCAGUUCUGUACAGUUUUCUGUUUCUUCAUCAUUUACUUACGUAUUGGAGUUAUUGUCCAAAACAAGACUGUUACCCUAUACCAGUUUCAGGGCUUCUCACAUUUAAAAAAGAUACCGGAUAAGAUUAUAGAUCAGACAAUGCCUGGUGAAGUGUCCUUGGGGGUUCGGAAUAACCUGCCUGAUUUCUGUGCUAUUAAUUAUGCAGAGCAGUUAAGUGUGAUUUAUACUCUUAAUUUUAUAGCAGUAUGGAACUUUUUCAAGAGGUGAUUAUUUACUAAACAACUAUUAACCUUAUAGGUGAUUUUGCAAUAGGUGCGUCCUCGUUUCAUAAAAUCUACCCAUCCAUCCAUUUUCAAACACACUUGAUCCAUUAUGAGUUAUAGGUAAUGCCUCAUGUCUCAGUCUGGGCCCCCAAAGGAGUGUAUGGAUUAAUUAUGGUAAAAUAUCCACACUCUUUUCUCUUGCUACUCUUUUGCACAUCUGCUAAUGUAAUAUUUCUUUGGCAUUUUGUUGUACUGUAUAUAUGCACAUAGGGCAAAACAACUUCAUGAUCUUCGCUCUGUAGCAUUUCAGCUUGCUUAUUAAGGCAAAGCAUUCUGGGGUCAGGAUCGUUCUCUUUAAUAUUGUAAAUGACUAGGUUUUUAAUAGGCCAGGUUACAUUAUGUUAAAAAUCAUUUUUGAGGAAAAAUUGGAGGCUAAAGGCAUGCUCAACUUGAAAGGUGACAUGCAGGUUAAAUAAGCAAAUUGUCAAGUUAGAGAAUUGCGAGCAUAACCAUAUUGACACUCAAGAGAUGCACUACUUAGACAAGUUGCCUGAAGAUGAAUCGCCAUGAUCUUUUGUACAAACUGUUAUGUUUACUGUAAGUUAAAGAAAAUGCGGAGCAGUUAAACUCUGGUAGUCAAUGAAUUUCAGGAGGGGUUGGUGAAGAGCAGGUUAAUCUCACCCGCAGGAUGAUGCAAGGAACAGUUUUAAGUGUUUAAAUGUAAUGCGUUUGAGGUUAUUUUAGUAUAACUAUGACUUGGCAAUCCAUUACAUGAUAAAUAACUGUUAAAAGUAUGAGAGCAGUAAUAAAACGCUUGUGUACGGCACAUCGGCAUAAAUUGUGCAAGGUAAGAUAAGUGACAUGAACCUACUUCUGAAAGUAACAUGAACUCUGCCACUUUAGGAAACCGUUGUGGGUUAAUUUGGCAACAGUUCGGUUGGAAUUUCAAUGUUUUGAAAUAAAAUGAACUUUUGGUUAUUUAUAUUCUGCCCAUGAUUGUUAGAGAGUUUUUUUCUUUUUCCUGGAAAUCCAAACACUUGUUUGGAACAUUAAAGGCCAAGCAAGAUUAAUAAGCUUUAGUUUGGCAGAUUUUUCAGUGCCUAAUUUUAUAGCUAGCAGGGUGAUAUGCUCUUCUAUUUUUAUAUUCAAUAUUUUAAUGUUUUACUUUUGGAACAUUAUGUUCCAAUCCAACAUCUUACUGUUCAAACAAAAAGUUACUGUAGAUUCAGUGGGCUAGAAGGUAUGAAAACACAACUGCCUACUUUCACAGCUUGCCAGCCUCCACAGGUCACUCAUGUUGUGGCUUCUUCGGUCUUCCACCUCCCUGCCUUUUUCAUGUGUUAUGUAUUGUGUCAAUACAACAUGGAGGGGCAGUUUGAAAAUGGCAUAGCCUGUUUUGAAGGGGCAUGCUUUGUUCUUAGUUGGUAGCCUUUGUAAUUUAUAAACACUUGUGAGGUCUUAAGUGCAUUAGUCUUAACUCUUUCAAGAACCAUUGUACUGUAUGUAGAGUUAUUCGAGUGCAUGGACAGAUUCUUUUCUUUUAAAUGCAAACAGCUUGCUGACUAGCAUCCUUUGUAAACAUUGCAGAAAUCGGUGCCUUUGACAAUAUUAUUUAUUCAAAGUUAAAGACUUUUAAGUUUUAAUGACUUGGGGAACUUGGUGAUUCUUGUUGCACAAAUGUGACUGACAUUUCCCUGUAUUAAGUGUUGUGUGUGUGUGUGUGUGUGUUUUUUUUUUUAAAUCUGUAUUAUGAAAGUCAAGUUGCGUUUUGGUUUUAUUGAACAAAAGUUAAGUUGUAAUUUAAAAAUGUCUGUAAAUAAAAUGAGUUUUUGACUUUU